UUCCAUAUGGCUAAGUACUCUUCUAACUCUUAAGCUUACAUACCACAAAACAACUCAGAAUUUCUAGGCCCCCUUAAAUUGGAGAUAUGGGAUCUACAACUGUAGCCUCCAUUGCCCUUCUUCUGUCUCUCAACCUCCUCUUCUUCACAUUGGCGAGCUCUUGCUCUUGCUCAACACCAUCACCAUCACCAAAGCCGAAAGCCCCUGCACCUCACCCCAACAACCCGUCCCCCAAGCCAAAAACCCCAGCCCCAAGCAAUCCAUCACCAAAGCCAAAAACUCCAGCACCAAGCAAUCCAUCGACAAAGCCAAACAACCCAUCACCAAGCAACCCAUCGCCAACUCCGAAUGUCCCUUCGCCUAAACCUAGCAAUCCAUCACCAAGCAACCCAUCGCCAACUCCAAAACUCCCUUCGCCUAAACCUAGCAACCCAUCACCUGCACCAUCAAAGGGAGCUUGCCCUAGGGACACACUAAAGCUGGGUGUAUGUGUGGAUCUGCUGAAGGGUUUGUUGGGCAUUACAAUUGGUAAACCACCAACGACCCCAUGUUGCAGCCUCCUGAAGGAUCUUGUUGAUUUGGAAGCCGCUGUUUGCCUUUGCACUAACAUCAAAGCUAAUCUCUUGGGCAUUAACCUAAAUCUUCCUAUUGACCUUAGCUUGUUGCUCAACUCCUGCGGAAAGAAGGUUCCUGAAGGAUUCAAGUGCCCAUAAGGAUUCAAUUGAAUUAUUUUCAAUAUUUUCCUAUGCUGUUUGCGUUAUGCUUAUCGCAUUAAAUCAAUAAUCUAUCAGUAUGUUUUCAUAUCCAAUUUAAUUAUGUAUCGCUCUAGAUAAUUUUAGUAAAAAUAAUUUAUAUUUUCAUAUUAUAAUGC